AUGUGGACAGGUUUCAAUUGUAAUCUACUACCAGAUAAUAGCUUAAAACAAAGAGAUUCAUAUUUAACACCCAUGAAUCUAUCACCUAUCAAUACAGCUAUUGUGAUAAAUACAAUGGAACAGGCACAAGCAAUAGAUUUAAAAUCUAGUAGAAUAAAAAUUUAUGCAAAACCAGUAACAGAUCUUGUUAAUAUACUUGAGAAAAAUUUUAAUCCAUUCGAUUCAAGUUUAGAUCGAGAUAAUCUUUAUGAUAUUGCUACUGCCAAGCCUACUACUGCAGGUGUUGCUAAAUGUUUACUUAAUAUUGAAAAGAAUGGCGAUAUUUUAAGAAAACAGUUUAUCAACAAAUGUGCUGAUAAUAAAAAGAGAUUCAGAAAGAUCUAUUAA